GUCAACAAUCACUAGGCACAGUUGGUCACUGUCGUAUCAAUUUGAUCGAUAAAUAUAGCUGACGUAAGUGCCUUUCACUGCAGCUCUUCGGCGUUUGUUGUCAUAACAGUAUGUCAACACGUCCGUAACCGAGACAUGGUUCAGAAUAUUCAAGGUCCACUUCAGUCUGGACACCACAGACGGACUGGAGAUCUUAAAAUGACAAAGUUUCCACACAACUAGAUGAUUUGAUCACUCAACGUGUUUCUAAGCUACGGUUAAUCGAUCAGCAGGUGAAGCGCAGCAGGAGCGUCGCCACUCUCCCCGCUCAUGGUGCUGAUUCUUGUCAGGGAGUUGUCCUUGGUGCUGAAGUCAAAGAUGACCGCACCUCUUCAUAUAUCUCCGGUAUAUAUAUAUAUUUAGAACAUAUUAAACUACUUUUGGUAUAUGUAUAGGUGGAAAAGUUGCACACUGAGUACACGUUACCUCCCAGUAACGAGUAACGAGUGUUUACGCAGCGUCUGCAUAUGUAACUACAACAUCAAACAAGCGGUAACAAAGGGCGAAUCCUGACAAGUAUGUUCAUAAAAAUGCAUCAUCACAUGGGUCAUAAAUGUCUCCAUAUGUGGCACCAACUUUCAGUGACUACUUCACACUCCUACAGUUGCUGUAAAAGUUGACUUUUCUGCCAAUCGACACCAGAUGUCGGUGUUUGGUUCUGUUUUGAAUGUGUUAAUGGUGUGAAUAAUGGGAAAUGUAGCGAUGUCACUGGAUUAGAAAUGUGAUCCUGGGAAACCUGUGUGGUAGUACUCACAGCCCGCACGUCACUGACCUGACAUCAGCACACAGUUUAAAACCCUGCAGCAGCAGGCAGUGCAAACACACCUUCAUCAGGGCGCACGGAGAGAGAGAGAGAGAGAGACCAACACACAACAAAGAGUUCAGCUUGGAGAGCUACUGCUGUCAAUAAGUGUACUGGAGGAUUAAAGGAGCAACGAUGUUUUAUUUCCAGUAGAGCACACUGACCCAGACACCUCUGAGCUCCAAACCACCCUUAAAAGAAUGAUCAACGACACUUUCGUUCUGUCUGAACUGGAUGUCAAUGUCUCGGAAGCUCUCAGUCCUCUCUCCCUCAGCCGCAACCAGAGCGCGCUGCGGCUCGAGUCCAAGUCUCUGGUCACUUCUGCCUCUAUGUUCGCCGUGGGAGUCCUGGGGAACCUCAUCGCCAUAGCCGUGCUGUGUAUCUCCAAGAAGGAGCAGAAGGAAACCACCUUCUACACCUUGGUGUGUGGCAUGGCCAUCACUGACCUGCUGGGCACCUGUUUCACCAGCCCCGUGGUCAUCGCCACCUACGUGGCCAGCCGCUGGCCAGGAGGAGCGCUGCUGUGCCACUUCUUCUCCUUCUCCAUGCUCUUCUUCGGCUCUGCCGGGAUGUCCAUCCUGUGCGCAAUGGCCGUGGAGCGGUACCUGGCCAUAAACCACGCGUACUUCUACUCCCAGCACAUAGACCGGACCAUGGCGCGGUUCGCGCUCUUGGUGACUUAUCUGGUCAACAUCGUUCUGUGCAUUUUGCCCAGUUUUGGCUUCGGGCAGCACGUGAGGCACUUCCCAGGAACUUGGUGCUUUCUGAACUGGAGGGCGGUGGACCCGCUGGGCGCCUGCUACUCCUUUCUGUACGGGGGCGUGAUGCUGCUGCUGAUCGCCGUGACAGUUCUGUGUAACUUGGCGGUGUGCAGGUCACUGGUGGGGAUGAACCAGAGGACGGGGAUCGUGAGGACAGAGUCCUGUGAACACGGGGGUUCGCGGCGACUGUUCCCUCGACUGCCCUCCGUCACUUCGGCGGCAGAGAUCCAGAUGUUCUGGCUGCUGAUCUUCAUGACCAUCGUGUUUCUGGUCUGCUCCAUCCCUUUGGUGGUGCGUAUCUUCGUCAACCAGCUCUACGACCCUGCCUACAUCUCUGCUGGUGGGAAACCAGAUUACAGGAGCGACCUGCUGGCGAUACGCUUCGCCUCAUUUAACCCCAUCCUGGACCCCUGGGUCUACAUUCUGUGCCGGAAAAACCUGCUCCUGAAGGGCUGUGAGAGACUGAAGAGGACGGUGACCCGGGCCAGAGAUGGGCGCAAAGACAACGCGGGCUGGGUUGGAAGCCAACACUCUCCUCCGUCCUUAAACAGCAACGACACCAGUUACGCGUCAUUACGCACGGCCAGCUGCAGGACCUAUGUGGAGCAGCAGAUACAGAUGAAAAACCAGUCGUUUACAGACUUCACCCUGAGACAAGCCUGGGAGUUGGACACAGCCCGGGUCAACUUUCACCCGUUUAGAGUGGAGUCGACCGCCAUCAUCGCCUGUGAGGAGGAAACGGCAGCGGCCGAAUCCAAAGAAGAUGAGGUUGAGGUGGAGGAGGAGGAGGAGGAGGAGGAUGGACGAGCUCCGACCUUUACAGAAAAGUGGACACUGUCGGACGUCCAUUAAAGAAAUGCCUUUAAUGGACGUUUGAUUCGAAAUGAGUCCAGCAGGGGGGGCCACAGCAACGCACUGUGAGAGAUAAACUCUCUACAAUGUAGAGACAAUAUUACUACCUGCACGCAGUCUCGUUGACGUGUGAUGUACAUGUUACGACAGGUUCACUGUGUAACGUUGGGUUCAUUUACGUUUAC